CAGAAGCUCCGCGCAGCUCCGCAGCAUCUUUGUGGAUUAUUAUCACACACGGAAACAUUAUUUAUUCAAAAUCCUCAACAGCGUGCCACCAGACGGGCCACACUCAUGCCCGUCGAGGCAGGACGGGGAGGGAGAAGCCUUUAAAAGUGGGGACAUUGUGGAGGAGGAGAGCGUGGUCACGUUUAGCUGGUGGACCUGCAGGGAGCAACAUCUCAGGGACAUGUCCACUAGCACUGCUAGAGGUCAUGGGGGUCUUAACCAACUAGGCGGAAUGUUUGUUAAUGGCCGUCCGCUCCCGGAGGUGAUCCGGCAACGCAUUGUGGACAUGGCACACCAGGGGGUGCGGCCUUGCGACAUCUCGCGGCAGCUCCGAGUCAGCCACGGCUGCGUCAGCAAGAUCCUGGGACGGUACUACGAGACGGGCAGCAUCAAACCGGGCGUGAUCGGGGGCUCCAAGCCCAAAGUGGCCACACCGAAGGUGGUGGAGAAGAUCGCGGAAUACAAGAGGCACAAUCCCACCAUGUUCGCCUGGGAGAUCAGGGACAGACUCCUGGCUGAGACGGUCUGUGACAGCGACACCGUGCCCAGCGUCAGCUCCAUCAACAGGAUCAUUCGAACCAAAGUCCAGCAGCCGUUUAAUCUCCCCCUGGAUGGGAAAGUUCUAAGUCCUGGGCAUACCUUGAUCCCCAGUUCCACCGUCACCCCGCCUGAGUCGCCGCACUCGGACUCUUUGGGGUCCACCUACUCCAUCAACGGCCUGUUGGGAAUACCUCAACCGAGCAGCGAGGGCAAGAGGAGCCAUGACGACAGUGACCAGGACAGUUGUCGACACAGCGUGGACUCUCAGGGCAGCGGCGGCGUUCCGAGGAAAACCAUGCGCCUCGACCACUUCUCGCAGCACGUGGAUUGCAGCUUCGAGCGUCCGCACUACCCGCCCGACUCCUUCGGCUCCGCCAACAAGACGGAACAGACUUUGUACCCGCUCUCGCUCAUCAGCGGCAGCCUGGAGGAGGCCAAAACCGGCCUGGUGGCCUCGAGCUCCGCCAUCGGACGCAAUCUGACGGCGCAUCAGACCUACGCCAUGGUGCCCGAGCCCCUCCAGUCCCUGCCGCUCUGUCUAAAGCAGGAAAUGUCCCCCGAGGUCACCAGCACGAGUCCCUCCUCUCCGAACAUGGCGUUCGUGGAGCUGCAGAAACCCCUUUCUGUCGGCAGCAGCUGCAGCAACCAUUACCCCAACUCCUACAACUCAUUCUCCCAUCAUGCACCUGUGUACGGCCAGUUCGGUAGCCAGUCCAUCAUGUCAGGGCGAGACAUGGUGAGCUCCACCCUGCCUGGGUACCCACCUCACAUCCCGCCGCCCGCCCAGUCAGGAUACUCCUCGUCGGCCAUCACCGGCGUUGUCGCAGCCGGCGGCGACUACUCGGCGCAGUCCUACAGCCACUCGCCCUACGCCUCCUACAGCGACGCCUGGAGGUUCACCAACUCCAGCAUACUGGGUACACCCUAUUAUUACAGCACAGCAUCCCGCACCGCUCACCCUUCGGCGGCCGCCUACGACCACCUCUAGUCCCCUUCUGGACGGCCCUUCGUGACCCGGAUAGCGAGUGACCUUGCAGACGAACCAGCAACCAAUAUUUUUUUGGUUUUUCUUUACAUCCUGGCAGACUGACAGCUGAUUAUUUAUUGGAUCCAGUAGCCCAUGCAGGGUAACUCAUCAGCAGACCUGAGCGCACGUUUACACAUCACCAGCCUUACGUCUCACAAGGUGCAUCUUUCCAGUACCGAGUUCUUAACUCUGUUUUUUGGCCAAAGACUUUUCUUUUUUUCCCCCCUCCUCGCACAUCUGACAAAGGAUAUGCAACAUCUCUUUAAUGAACUAUGCUUGUUUACAAAGCUUUGUUGUUUUUAAUUAAGAAUCUUGAUUUGUCUGCUUGAUUUCCAACAGCCAUGUUAUUUGUCUGGCAGAAUACUGUACAUACUGUAAAUGUUGAAUGAGCUACGAGGGGAUGUAAGGAAGAGGGGCUCCUCCGUACUUUUGUUUAGUUUGUCAUCAUGCUGAUGUACUGAUGGUGGGUAAAAAUUGUGACUAUUUUUAUUCAUAUGCUGUUGUUAAUAUUAUUGCAGAUGUA